AUGGAGUCAGUCAGUCAAGCGCAGGCCAAUUAUGCGAUUGGUGAAGAACCAAAGAGGGAUAUGAGCGCCGUCGACAUCGACGAAGAAGAGGCGAUUCGCAAAGUCGAGGCUGCGAAUACUCCGGAGCUCGGUGCUCAAAGUGGUGUCAGGAAUGUCGAAGCCGUGACUCUGACAUGGACGAAGAAAUCGCUGGCUUGCGCCUUCGUAUGCAUGUGGUUCCUCUACCUCACCAACGCCUUCCAAUCCUCCAUAACCAACACCCUCACCCCCUACGUAACUUCCAACUUCUCGCAACACUCCCUCCUCACCGUCGUUACCAUCGUCUCCAACUCUCUAGCUGCAGCAGUCUACAUCCCCACCGCAAAACUGCUCGAUCUCUGGGGCCGCGCUGAGGGCUUCGCAGUCAUGGUGUGCUUCGCCACUCUCGGGUUGAUUAUCAUGGCCGCCUCGACGUCUCUUGCCGCAUACUGCGCCGCGCAGGUGUUUUAUACCAUUGGCUUUGGCGGCAUGAUUUACUGCAUCGAUGUUAUCACCGCGGAUUCGUCGAGUUUGAAACAUCGGGGUUUAGCGUUUGCGUUUACGAGUUCGCCGUAUAUCAUCACGGCGUUUGCGGGACCGAAGGCGGCGGAGGGAUUUUAUGAGAACAUUAAUUGGAGGUGGGGGUUUGGGACGUUUGCAAUUAUCGUGCCGGUUGUUGCGGCGCCGUUGUUCAUCAUUCUCAAGCUGAACUUGCGCAAGGCGAAGAGGGAGGGUGUGCUUGUCCGUGAAGCAAGUCAACGGACUCUGGUGCAGAGUGUUGUUUUCCACAUACGUGAGUUCGAUGUACCUGGCGCCUUUCUCCUCGCCUCUGGCCUCGUGAUCUUUCUCCUUCCCUUCACGUUGGCCGACUCGGCACCCAGUGGCUGGUCAACGGGCUACAUAAUCGCCAUGCUCGUUGUGGGCUUUGUCCUGCUUAUCCUCUUCGGCCUACACGAACGCUACACCGCGUCCACGCCCUUCCUUCCCUUCAAUCUCUUAACCAGCCGAACUGUCCUGGGCGCAUGCAUGCUCUCCUUCACAUACCAGAUCAGCUACUACGCAUGGUACUCAUACUGGACGUCCUUCUUGCAAGUCGUCACACACCUGAGCAUCGCAGAAGCCGGUUACGUUGCGAGCACGUUCGAUGUUCUUUCGGGCAUUUUGUUACUGUCAAUUGGGUUGGUCAUCAGCAAGACGGGAUACUUCAAGUGGCUGCUGUAUAUCGCUGUGCCAAUAUACAUACUUGGCCAAGGACUGAUGAUUUACUUCCGCCACCCGGGCACGAGCGUGGGAUAUCUUGUCAUGUGUCAGAUAUUCAUCGCUAUUGGUGGUAGUAUCAUCAUUCUUUGCGAACAGAUUGCUGUCAUGGCUGCAGCGGAUCAUCAGCAUAUCGCUACUGUUCUCGCGCUACUGAACAUCUUUGGGUGGCUGGGCGGCGCUGUAGGAAGCACGAUUUGCGGCGCUAUUUGGACCAAUUCUUUCCCGCAGGCGCUGGCGAAUCUGUUACCGGAGGAUGCCUUGGAGAUGCUGGACGAUAUUACAGGGAGUCUGGAUACGCAGUUGAGCUAUGAAGUCGGCAGCCCGACGAGGUUGGCAAUCGAAGAAGCAUAUGGUGUUGCGCAGAAGAGAAUGUUGAUUGCUGGUACGGCGAUAAUGAGCUUGUGCGUCGUGUGGGUUCUGCUCAUUCGGAACUACAACGUUAAGAAGAUGCAGCAGACGAAGGGAAGACUGUUCUAG